ACAGCAGAACAAGAUGAGUACUGGGAGAAGGCCUUGUUCGUGGAGAGGUUUGGGGACAUCAUUAUGGAAUCUGCUAUCAUUGACACAGACAAAAUGGGCCGCAACUACAAUGAGAAAGACUUUGAGUAUCACCGGCACACGUUCCACCACACCCACCACCCCCUGUCCACCCACCUUCCCCCGCAGCGUUUUUGCAAGAGGGUACUUAGUAUGGACCGCCGACGAAAGAAAAAGAGGAAGAAAAAAAAGAUGUCUAUGCCACCGUCAGAUGUCACACCCACUAUUCAUGAGGUGGAUGAGGAAGAUUUAGAGUCUGAGGCUGAGGGCCAGUGCCAAUCCGCCACGCCUACUGAGCCAUCUGAAGAGCUGCCACAGUUCAGUUUGGGAAGUGAGGAGGAUCUGGCAGCCAACCUUGCUCUCACCUGCUUCCAUAUGGAGAGUGAGAGACCCCCCAGCGUUGAGGAGACCCCACCCAGCCCUGCCGGAACAGAGGAGAAGCUGGGCACACAUGAGCGACCAGAUAGAGUAGAAGAGGAGGAAGAGGUUUGCAACAGAUUUAGCCCAUCUCCUGAGCCUGCCAGUAUAACAACACGGGGCUGGUUUCGUAGGAAGCCUGUCCACCGGCUGGCCGGAGCCCAGCGGACCAGCUAUGACCUACGAGAACGCAUCUGCAUAGGCAGUAUGACAGCCAUGGAGACCGCCGUGUACCAGAAAGUGCCUACAGAUGAGGCUGAGGCACAGAUGCUGGCCAGUGCUGACCUGGAUGACAUGAAGAGUCACCGUUUUGAGGACAAUCCCGGGGUUAGACGUCACUUGGUCAAGAAAUCGUCACAUUGUCAAGUUCCACAAACCAGCAAUAGCUCUCCACCUCUGUCCAGUCUGAAGAGGAGAAAGAGGUUGGAGAAGAAAAACCAUGAGGUGUUUGUGGAGCUCAAUGAGCUGAUCAUGGAUAAGAACCAAGAGAUGCGCUGGAAGGAGAUGGCGCGUUGGAUCAAGUUUGAGGAGGAUGUUGAGGAGGAGACGGAUCGCUGGGGUAAACCGCAUGUGGCCUCGCUGUCCUUCCGUAGUCUCUUGGAGCUCCGCAGAACCAUCACACAUGGUGCCAUAAUGCUUGACCUGGAUCAAACCACACUGCCUGGUAUCGCCCACUUGCUGGUCGAAACCAUGAUAAUCUCGGACCAGAUCAGAGCUGAAGAUCGAGCCAACGUACUGCGAGCCCUGCUGGUCAAACACAGUCACCCCAAUGAUGAAAAAGAAGGCCUUUUCCAUCGGAACCACUCUGUUAACAGUCUGGGCAGCUUACGGUACAACCAUAAUCAUGUUCAUGACACCAGCCUGCCCCUCGUAUCCCAGGACCACGGGGAGAUGCAUGACACCAAAGCAGCAGAACAUGACAAAGAGAAAAGCCUCCACCCGGUCCCAGUUGAGGGACAUGCUGCCGCCAGAUCAAUGAAACUCCUGGCGAAGAUUCCCAAGGAUGCAGAGGCCACUGUGGUCUUAGUGGGAUGUGUGGAGUUCCUAGAGCAGCCUGCGAUGGCCUUUGUCCGGCUGAAUGAGGCGGUGCUGUUGGAGUCAGUUCUGGAAGUCCCUGUCCCAGUUCGAUUCAUCUUUGUGCUGUUAGGCCCCACCCAGACCAACAUGGACUACCAUGAGAUUGGACGCUCCUUCUCCACCCUCAUGUCCGAUAAGAACUUCCAUGAAGUAGCAUACUUUGCUGAUGACCGGCAGGAUCUACUAAAUGGCAUCAAUGAGUUCUUAGACUGCAGUAUUGUAAUUCCACCAUCAGAUGUUGAAGGGAAAGACCUGCUGAAGACCGUGGCCUCCUUCCAGAAACAGAUGUUACGUAAACGCAAAGAAAGAGAGCACAAAAAAUGUGGCAGUACUGUGACAGGAGCUGAGCAGGAGGCAAAAGACGUGAGUACUGAUGAACAGGAAGAGGAGGACCAGUUUAAUGUUGACCCUCUCAAACGCUCUGGGAUUCCAUUUGGAGGUCUGAUCCACGAUAUUCGCCGCCGUUAUCCGCGCUACAUAAGCGACCUAAAGGAUGCCAUGGACACACAAUGUAUUGCUGCUGUGAUUUUCAUUUAUUUUGCUGCUCUGUCGCCCACGAUCACCUUUGGAGGUUUAUUAGGUGAGAAGACACAAGGCAUGAUGGGAGUCUCUGAGCUUAUCAUCUCCACGGCAAUGGUGGGAGUGCUGUUCUCGCUGCUUGCUGGACAACCCUUGCUCAUUAUUGGCUUCUCUGGACCACUUUUGGUUUUUGAGGAGGCGUUUUAUAAGUUCUGCCAGGCGCAGGGCUUUGAGUAUCUCACGGGGCGAGUGUGGAUCGGGUUCUGGCUCAUUUUCAUUGUCCUGGUGAUUGUGGCGGCUGAGGGGAGCUUCCUCGUGCGCUACAUCUCCCCUUUCACCCAGGAGAUCUUUGCAUUUCUAAUCUCCCUCAUUUUCAUCUAUGAAACCUUCUCAAAGCUAAUUAAGGUGUUUCAAGAGCACCCUCUAAUGAAAAUCUACCCUGCGGCUCCUGUACUGCCAGCUUUCUCAACAAUAGACUCAUUUCAAGGUGUCAGUGUGAUAGAGGAACCCAUUCUCAACCAGCCCAACACAGCCCUUCUCUCCCUAGUGGUCAUGAUGGGAACCUUCUUUGUGGCCUUCUUCCUCCGGAAAUUCCGUAAUAGCAGAUUCCUCGGUGGAAAGGCCAGAAGAAUCAUUGGAGACUUUGGGAUUCCUAUCUCUAUCCUGAUCUCUGUGCUGGUGGACUUUUCCAUCCCUGAUACAUACACACAGAAGCUGAACGUCCCCUCUGGUUUCUCGGUCACAUCUCCGGACAAACGAGGCUGGUUUAUCAGUCCAUUUGGAGAUAAACAGCCUUUCCCAUUCUGGAUGAUGGGGGCCUCUGUUGUUCCAGCCCUGCUGGUUUUCAUCCUCAUUUUCAUGGAGACUCAGAUCACCACCUUGAUAGUGAGCAAGAAGGAGCGACAUUUGGUGAAGGGUUCUGGCUUUCAUCUGGAUCUGCUCCUGAUAGUGACAUUGGGAGCUUUCUGCCCACUCUUUGGUCUACCUUGGCUGACUGCAGCCACUGUGCGUUCAGUGACUCACGUAAAUGCACUCACUGUCAUGAGCAAAGCCACUGCGCCCGGAGAGAAACCCAUGAUACAGGAAGUGAAAGAACAGAGACUGACUGGGAUGUGUGUGGCUAUCCUAGUGGGUAUGUCUAUAGUAAUGACAGAUUUACUGCGACAUAUUCCUGUGGCCGUGCUGUUUGGGAUAUUUCUGUACAUGGGCAUCACGUCUCUCACUGGUAUCCAGCUGUAUGAGCGAAUUACACUCAUGGUUACACCUGCCAAACAUCACCCUGACCACAUCUAUGUAACCAAGGUUAAGACGUGGCGUAUGAACAUGUUCACCAUCAUUCAGUUGUUGUGUAUCGUCCUUCUGUGGGUGGUAAAGUCGACUGUAGCCUCUCUAGCCUUUCCCUUCAUCCUAAUCAUGACUGUACCUCUGCGGAGACUCAUCCUCACCAGGAUCUUUGAGGAGAGAGAGCUUGCAGCGUUGGAUGCAGAUGAGGACACGCCCAAUUUUGAUGAAGAUGGUCGCGAUGAAUAUAACGAGAUCCACAUGCUUGUCUAGACACAGGACACAUAAUGGCAAACCUCCUCACUGAUCAAUCACACGCAGACCUCUGGAUAACGGAGACUGUUGGGAAAGGUGUACAAAAUCUGACUAACUCUGAUGUACCCUCCCUCAUCCAGGAUUGUUUCAUGUGUAUUUUGAAAUUUUGUAAUCAUCCAAUAUAUAUAAAAAAGACCAUAUUUUGGAUACUACUUAUUUAAUUUUCAACCCAAAAAGUGGCCUACUUAUGUGCUGGUGCCCAAUGACCUUUGGAUAUAUGAUUAGAUAUGACCCAUGCACCGUAGACCUCACAUUUUAUUGAGGUUUAAAGUCACUAAGUGCAAUGAAGGCCAGGCUAGAUUGUUUACGUUGGUCUUGCAUUACAGGGCAGAUCAAAACCCCUAUUUAUCCCAGCUGGUAGUUUUGCACACAGCGGGUGCCCAUCUGGACAAGCCCCACUGCCUGUUGAUCUAAGUUGCCUUGUACUGUAUAACUGUACUGUAGGAGUUGACCACAGGCUCUGAAUAUUAUGGUAGCAUGUCCUCUCAGUUCACGUAAGGUUAAGGUAUUCUUUUUUGUGUGCUGCUAUGUCUUGCGCACAGUUGAACACUCUAGCCUUUCAAACAGACGCAAUCGCCGCAUGCACACUAUGACUGCUUUGUGAUACUCUUUUAGUAGUGGCAGUGGCAGGAGUAUGUGCAGAUGACUCAAAACGAUGUGGUCUGUCUGCAUGUCUUGAUGCACAAAAUUUGUCUCAUGCAUUGUGCACUAGACUUAGCGACACUUAAGUAUUCAGUAUCCCAUCCAAAAUCGUGUGUUUCCUCUCCUCCAGUGAAAAUAGCUCCAAAAGAAGUCAACGCAUCAAGUACAACUCCACUCUCUGCAUCUCUCUGCUCUCAGUACUUUGUUUUGAAUUAGUGGUGUUUAGUUUGAAAAUCAAUCAGUGUUUUUAAAGAAAUCUUUUAAGUGAACGAAUCGUUCUCGUUCACUUCCAUUGUUGCGGUGGUGAACGACUCUGUUGCCACCUACUACAAUAAAUAUGGUCACUGAAUGGUGAAUCAGUUUGCGUACUUCCUGAGGGCUGCAUAUGCCAUUGAGAUGAAUAGGAAAGCUAACUUUUGCUCUCUCCAGGUGUUCUAUUCUUACUUGUAGUACAUUUGCAUGCAGUUAUAAUCGAGCCACAGUGUGUUUUUUUUUUUUUGGUGGAAUCAAGCUACAGUUUUCAUCUGUUUGUCCAAAUAUACACGACACAGUGCGUAAUCGAAUAUUUGAAGGAAUGAGGUCAAGUACAGCUGGUUAAAUAUACACAUCGUGCGUCACCUGUCUUUUGGCACAUGUGCACAAUGGCGAAGCCAACUGUGAUCCGAUAAACGUGUAUACAUGCUUGGCAACUUUCAGCAAAAAUCGCGCACAAUGUAGGUAUGUUCAUCCAAAAUCGGACUAAAGUGUUUACAUGACAAGCCAAAUUAUUGUUUUAGUCUAUUAAAGAGCAUGUAUUCAUAUUGUUGGUUUGCUGACAUGUAUUCAGAAGGUGGUGUUUUGGACGGGGGAUGUCUAAUUCAGUGGGUUUAUCUGGCAAAAUUUGCUAAACUUGAAUUGGCUUAGCGAACAUCACGAACCCCUCUUACAGCACCCUUUAUGGAAAUAAUAACAUUUCCCUUGCAAACAAAGAUUCUUUAAAGUGAUUUUAAAGUUUUUUCCAAGAUAUUUAUUUUAGUUUGAGCUGCUCACAAUUUUUCUUGCUAUAUAGAAAUGUAGUAUUAGAAUUUUUAUUGGAUUUAAUGCCCAAAUAUUUUGUUAUAUUUAUUAGUGUGUUUGUGUGAGUGUGUUUUUAAUAUUUAUCUUUUCAGAGAACUAUUAAUUUAUAGGCUCUAUUUUUGUGAGUGCGCAAAGUGAAGCGUUACGUGCUACGACCUUGCGCAACGUCUUACGCAGUUUUCGUGAGGGCACUAAUUCGAAGUGCAAUAUUCGUGCCAGUGCAAAAUGCAAGUGGGAUUGGGUGGAAGUGUUUGUGGUAUCUGUGGGUGUAUGCACACAAACUGUGGGUGAAUUGUAUGUUAAUGAAGUGACUCAAAGUGCAGUUUGCUACUUUCCUGAGAAAUUGGUCAUUGUGCUAAGACGUUUCAAAAGCAUGCCUUAUCGUAGCGCAAAGACCAAACUCAGUUCCUGCCUUUGCAGUUCGUAGAUUCCACCAGCAAGUGGUAAUAAACUCUGAUAAUAUAGGGGAUCAAUAAAUUAUUCCCCUGGCAAUCGCUGUUGUAGCUGUUUUAUGAAACAAAUAUUUAUGAGAUUUGUGUUAAACUAUCUUUAGGUCAUGGUUUAUUUUUCAAUUAUUGUUAUUAUGUUUAUAUUUGCAAUUAUAUUUAUAAUCUAAUUUGUAUUGGUAUUUUUCCACCUGUUGUCAUAGAGUGAUUUUUAAGUCACUGCAAAAGGGGCCGGUGGAAGAAGUUGAAGAGAGUAAAAUGAAUGAAUGUGAUAUGAUUAUUUUGGCCACUUCGUUAUUUUGAUUUUAUUUUUG